GGAGGGAGAGAGAGGGGAAAUGAGACAGAAUGAAUACAUUUGAGUGAUAGCUGGGAGACCCCUAGAAGGGCAGGUGUAAAAGAAUUCAUUAGAUAACAGAAUAUGAGUUAGACACACAGGAUGCAAGAGAGACAGCUGGUCUGAGACAGUCACAGAGAAUGGAGAGAGCGCUGAUCUACCUCACAGUAAUCCUGACUCCAGUCACUGCAGCUUCAUUUCAGGUGCUGACUAAAGAUAAGCUAUUGUUGGCAGAAGUAGGGACGGACAUCAGUUUGCCCUGUCUUCUCUCACCUUCAAUGAGUGUGGAUGGACUUGAUGUGCGCUGGUUCCAUAACAUCUUUAACCACGUGGUCUUCCUGUUGAAAGGUGGACGUGAGGAUAGGCAACUUCAAAUCUCAGAAUUCCGUGGGAGAGUUUCCCUAUCUGGUGGUCCAGACACCGGAAACCUAACACUAACUCUGAAUAAAGUCGUUAUCACUGAUGCUGGCAAAUACCAUUGCUUUGUGGAGAACAGAUCCAGUUCAGAAGACUAUGAAGAGGCUUUUAUGGAGCUUAGGGUAGUGGGUGUGGGCAAGCCACCACUUGUAGAAGUUGCACUCAAAGACAACUUGGUUCACCUCACCUGUUCCUCCAGUGGUUGGUUUCCAGAACCUAAUAUGCAUUGGAAGAAAGACAUGGAAGAUAUUGAUUUAGGUAUUCAGGAAGUGACCUUCAAUGAAGAGAAUAAUGAACUUUUCCUUAUAAAGAAUGACAUUCUUCUGAAAGACUCAUAUGACGGCAAUCUCUACUGUGGAGUGACGCACCCUGUGACUGGCAAAGAGAUAGGCACCUACGUGAAGAUCUCGGAAGGCAUCUUUCCUCGUCUUUCCUCUUGGGCAAUUGGCUUCAGUCUGCUUCUGGCUGUGUUACUUAUUGGCUCUGCAGUGGCGGUCUGGUACUUCAUCUCAUACCGUAAAGACCAAGAGAGAAAAACCAGAAACUACGAGAGACGACUAGUGUUGCUGGGACAGGAAAUUGAAUGGAGGAAAGUUUCCGUUUAUAAAGAACCCAUUCUGUUUGACCAUGAGACAGUUUUCCACGGCCUGCUCAUCUCUCCAGACUCUCGUUGCAUCUCAGCCGCAGAGAAUUUUGAAGUUCUUGCUGAGAAUCCAAAGCGAUUUGACACAGAACCCUGCGUACUCGCUACACCCCUUUUUAAUUCGGGCGUUCACUACUGGGAGACGGAGAUUCAGGAGCACACUGGUCCGUUCUGGUCUCUUGGCAUAGCAAGAGAGACAGUACGACGGCAAGGGGGGCUGAGAGAGUCCCUGGAAAAUGGAAUUUGGGCAAUUAGAGCAUCCAGUGAAGGACUUACUGGACUUUCUUCUCCUCCUCAACCUAUUACCCCUUCUCAGAGGCCACAAAUUAUAGGGACAUAUCUAGACUAUGAGAUGGGAAUUGUCUCUUUUUAUGAUGCACGCUCAUUUGAAUGUCUCUUUUAUUUCCAGGAAAACAAUUUUGGGCCUGUGUACCCCUUUUAUUAUGUGGGGACAGGGGUCAAGUUUGUGUUGAACCCCUGAAAUGUAAAACUGUUGAAAGAUGACCUUUUUUU